GAGAGCCGCGGGGCUGAGCGCGCCCCGGGUGAAACUGAAGAGGUUACUUUGUACCACAAGUACCUGAAGUUUGAGUGCCCUGCAGCCUCCUGUAGAAUUAAGCUGCUCUCCUUUGGCUCCAGCAUAGAUCUAGACAGAGUGCAAACUAUAAUGGAAUCUAUGGGAUCCAAGUUGUCUCCAGGUGCUCAGCAGCUCAUGGACAUGGUCCGGUGUCAGCAGAAGAACAAUUUACCUCUUGGAGACAAACUUAGCUGGAUCUUUGGGAAAAGCUGUGAGCUUGGAGGUGAGCAGGGAAUAGAUGGAUUGCGCAGUGCAGCUCUUCAGCCAUCACCCAGUCAAUCAGCCAGUGAACCUUUGCCUGUUCAAAAUCAUUUAGCAAGUGAAACAGGAUGUAAAGACUUGAAAGCAAAUCAUGACCUGAACACAGAGGCCCCUGGAGGAGGGAAUACUUCUGAUUCUGAAGGACUCACUACCCAGCAAAAUGCAGCUGGCCUCAGAAAUUAUUUGAAAGCCAUGGGAUCUCUGCAUGUGCAGGAACAAGCCAGUGAAACCCCAAAUGUAGCCAAUCCACAGGUGCUGCUUCCUUUUCUCCAAAACCUGUGCACUCAGGUGAAUCACCUCCGGCUGAAGGAUGGAGAGAGGCAUUUUGGGAAGAAUGCAGUGGCUAAGGAGGAAGGCAUUCAGUCUGUUGGGGUAGAACAGCAGCCUAUUUGCUCCUAUUUGGAAAAGAUCAUCUCAAAAAAUAUGGAGCUGAUGGAGAAAAAGCUAAUGGACUAUAUUGAUCACCAAAUCCAGGCUCUUCAGGCACACCUAGACAAUAAAAUGGUUCUCUUGAUGGACUUGGUUCAGAACUCAAAGCCAAACAAAAUUUCCCAAGCUCACUAUGAUUCUAACGAGGGGUUUUCUAAUGGAGAGAGAUAG